AUGGCCAUAAUUUCGGAUAGAGCAAAUUCUAUACAUCUAGCUGUUAGAAACGUCUUUCCACAUGUUUAUCAUGGGUUAUGCUGUCGUCAUUUAGUGAUGAACCUACGUUUACCCUCUGAUAAAAAAAAAGAAAAUGAGAAGCUGUGGUGGAAGACAUGCAAAUCGUACCGAUUGUCUGAUUUUAACGAGUCAUUUAAUGCUCUUUGUCUUGCCGUUCCUAGAGUACGUCACACUCUAACAAUUAUUGGGUUCGGUAGAUGGGCAAGGGCGCAUUGUCCAGGCAAUCGAUAUCAUUAUAUGACAUCUAACAGCGCGGAGUCUAUUAACGCUUUAUCUAGACACUCGCGUAAAAUGCCGGUAACACAACUCUUAGAGUUCUUCCGGCAAUCUGUACAAAAGUGGUUUUACGAUCGCCGUUUGCAAGGUAUUCAUGAAAAACAUUUACUUACACAAUGGGCACAGAAGAAAAUUUUUAAAAAAAUUGAAGGGUCUAGAACCUGGACGGUUGCUGGGAUUGAGUUAAACAGUUAUUCUGUUGCAGACAGUGGAAAGGGGGGUUUAGUUGACUUUGUUAAUGGAACCUGUAGUUGCCGAGUUUGGCAGGUUUCUGGUUUACCAUGCGGGCAUGUUAUUGCCGUGUCAAAAUUUUUAGGUGAAACCGAUUGCAGUAAGUAUUGCUUCCCGUGUUACUCAAACGAAGUCUAUAAGAAAACUUAUGAAGAAGCGAUUUAUCCUCUUCCUCAUAGAUCUGAAUGGGAGACUCCAGAAGACCUUAUCAAUCUUCAACCGCCGCAUAUGACAAAACGCCAGGCUGGUCGUCCUCGAGAAAACAACCGGAUCUUAUCCCGCGGGGAAGAACCUACUCCCCUGUAUUGUUCCCGGUGUAACUCAUACGGUCAUCAUCGGGAUGUCUGUCGGCAGCCCAUGCCGUCAUAA